AUGGCUACCUGGAAGGUUGCUCCUGCUCUGGCCGCCGGAUGUACUGCUAUACUCAAGCCAUCCGAAUUGGCAUCUGUGACUUGUUUGGAGUUGGCAGAGAUUUGCAGACAGGGGGGUCUUCCUUCUGGCGUCCUUAAUGUUGUGACUGGGUCAGGCUCAGUAGCUGGUGCCCCUAUGUCAUCUCAUCGUCAUGUUGAUAAGAUAGCAUUUACUGGAAGCACAGCAACAGGAAUUAAGGUCAUGACAGCUGCAGCUCAAUUGAUCAAGCCUGUGUCAUUGGAACUUGGUGGAAAGAGUCCAAUUGUUGUGUUUGAGGAUGCAGACCUUGAUACUGCUGCAGAAUGGACUAUCUUUGGCUGCUUUUUUACAAAUGGUCAAAUCUGUAGUGCAACGUCCCGUCUUCUUGUUCAUGAAAGCAUUGCAGCUGAAUUCUUGGAAAAACUUGUUGACUGGAGUAAGAACAUCAAAAUCUCUGAUCCCAUGGAAGAAGGUUGCAGGCUUGGUGCCAUUAUAAGUGAAGGACAGUAUGAGAGGAUCAUGAGUUUCAUUUCAACAGCCAAGAGCGAAGGUGCAACCAUUCUAAAUGGAGGUGCCCGUCCUCAACAUCUUAAGAAAGGGUUUUUCAUUGAACCAACAAUCAUAACAGAUGUUAGCACCUCAAUGUCAAUUUGGAGGGAGGAGAUUUUCGGACCGGUUUUAUGUGUCAAAACAUUCACUACGGAGAAUGAAGCCAUCGAACUAGCAAACGACACUGACUAUGGCUUGGGGGCUGCUGUGAUUUCAAAAGAUUUGGAAAGGUGUGAACGCUUCACCAAGGCUGUGCAGUCAGGGAUUGUGUGGAUAAACUGCUCACAGCCCUGCUUCAAUGAAGCCCCCUGGGGAGGCAACAAGCGCAGCGGAAUUGGGCGUGAACUUGGAGAAUGGGGCCUGGAAAACUACUUGAGCAUAAAGCAGGUCACCCACUACACUUCUGAAAAGCCAUUGGGGUGGUAUUCUGCUCCUCGAAAACAGUGA